UCCGUGACUGCCUGCCAAUUAUUUGGAGAUGGUCUGGUCCUCUGUGGCCUGUGUAAGUGUGUUUUGUGUUUACACGGGACGACUGUAUCGAUAGGAGGCUAUAGUCAGGUCCAACCAAACCUCGCCUAUGACGGAUUUUACCAUCCACGAUGGCAAAUGUAUUCAAUGGAUCCAUGAAAUUAAAAAUUUGCGAAGCAGUUGACUUGAGGCCGACUGACUUCGCUACGCGAUUGAAUCUGGGUGGUACGAAAAAUGUACAGCUGAUCGACCCCUAUAUAGCGAUAGAUGUAGAUGACUUACCUAUCGCUAAAACGACCACAAAACCUAAAACGUUAAAACCAGUAUGGAACGAGGAUUUCUGCUCGUCUGUUCACAAUGGGCAGACUAUAGGACUUACAGUAUUUCAUGAUGCCGCGAUACCACCCGAUGAGUUCGUGGCCAACUGUUCUCUCACAUUCGAGGAAGUGAAAGGGAGACACCGUGAUUUGUGGGUUGACCUAGAACCCAAUGGGAAGAUACACGUCGAAAUAGAAUUAAAUGGAUCUUCGGGAGGAGCAGCGUUCCCUGUGGAGCCCCAGAAGGAGCGGGUGUUCCGGGAGCGGGAAGGGUUGCCCCUACGACGUGGGGCUAUGCGUAGACGGGUACACCAGGUUCACGGACAUAAGUUUAUGGCAACACUCUUCAGACAACCCACAUUUUGCUCAUUAUGUAGAGACUUCAUAUGGGGACUAUGGAAGCAAGGGUAUCAGUGCCAAGUGUGUACAUGUGUAGUUCACAAACGAUGCCACCAACAUGUUGUCACAAAGUGCCCGGGAUCCAAAGACUCGGCACCAGAGGAGACAUCGGGUACAAGAUUUAAUAUAAAUAUACCACAUAGGUUUAGCGUACAUAAUUACAAACGACCAACAUUUUGUGAUCACUGUGGGUCCUUGCUGUAUGGAUUGUUUAGACAGGGGCUUCAGUGUGAAGCUUGUAAAUUGAAUGUGCACAAACGUUGUCAGAAAAAUGUGGCAAACAAUUGUGGCAUCAAUACACGAGACAUGGCACAGAUUCUUCAGGAGAUGGGCAUCACAUGUGACAAACUGUCUCAGAAACCCAAAAAGGCACCAAUAGCACCAGAUUCACCACAUAAAGGAUGUUCUUCAGAAAACAAUCUGCCUGUGAUACCAGACUCUGAUGGGCAAGGUAAACUCUCGGAUGACAGGUCCAGUAGGGGGAGGAGUCCUUCACAAGACCGCUCACAGCGAAAACGAGCUGACAAGUACUCACAGUCAGAUUUUCGUUUUAUUAAAGUUCUAGGAAAAGGGAGUUUUGGUAAGGUAAUGUUAGCAGAAAAAAUAGGUACAGAUGAAGUAUAUGCAGUAAAGGUCCUUAAAAAGGAUGUAAUUAUACAGGAUGAUGACGUAGAAUGUACUAUGACAGAAAAACGAAUCUUAGCGUUGUCGGCCAAGCAUCCUUUCCUCACAGCACUUCACUCCUGCUUCCAGACUAAGGACCGACUAUAUUUUGUGAUGGAAUUUGUAAAUGGUGGUGAUCUAAUGUUCCAAAUUCAAAGAUCCCGCAAAUUUGAUGAACUUCGUGCGAGAUUUUAUGCCGCUGAAGUGACGCUUGCACUGAGAUUUCUUCACCGACAUGGGAUUAUAUAUAGAGAUCUGAAAUUAGAUAACAUUCUUCUGGAUGCUGAAGGCCAUUGUAAGAUAGCUGAUUUUGGAAUGUGUAAAGAAGGAAUGUUUGAAACCAAACUGACACAGACAUUCUGUGGAACUCCUGAUUAUAUAGCACCAGAGAUCCUACAGGAGCUGGAGUAUGAUGCCUCUGUGGACUGGUGGGCACUAGGUGUCCUCAUGUACGAGAUGAUGGCUGGUCAGCCUCCCUUCGAGGCAGAUAAUGAAGAGGAUCUGUUUGAGUCUAUUCUCCAUGACGAUGUAUUGUAUCCAGUGUGGCUCAGCAAGGAGGCUGUCACUAUUCUCAAAGGAUUCAUGACCAAAAAUCCUGCCAAACGACUUGGCUGUGUAAGAUCUCAAGGCGGGGAGAAAGCAAUCUUAGUUCACCCCUUCUUCCUGGACAAAAUUGACUGGGAGGGGCUAGAGCAGAGGAAAGUGAAACCACCAUUCAGACCCAAGAUUAAAUCAAAGACAGAUGCUAACAAUUUUGACAAAGACUUCACAUCAGAAGAGCCGGCAUUAACCCCUGUUGACCCAUCUGUGGUCAAAGCUAUUAACCAGGAGGAGUUCCGGGGGUUCUCAUUUAUUAACCCAGACUAUGGAAAAGUGUUUCAGUCAUCGGAUAUCCAUUGACCGAGGUCUCCGAGGGACAUAUUGUGUUUUAACCCUUUUUCCCCUUCCCCAUAACUCCCUACCCCUCCAGAAUUACAAUCUAGGUGAAUAAUGCUAUUUCCAUGUCUUUCUAUAGUCCUGUAAGAUGUGUGACGAACAUCUGUCCAGUCUCUGUUGAGCUCUCUCCUGUAUAACUCGCAAGCACAUAUGUUUUUAUUUUGGUCAAGGAAGUCAGGUUGUUAUCAAGUGGAAAGAAGUUAAAUGGCAGAUCAGUUUCUAUUUGGUCUGCUGUCAUUAAGGUCGCUCAUGUCAAAGCCUUCGAAAAACAAAAUCACACAUAUUUUAAGUUAAUUAAAUCAGAACUUUUUUGUUCAAUUUGUUACAAAUUCUUCAAAAUCUUUUCUUGAUAAUUUGAUAUGGUAUUUUUUCAAAAAUAUUUUUGUAGCCAUUGAAAUGAAAAGUAUUGUAAUGAGUUCAAGAUGAUUGGCUGCAGUCAAUCAAAUAAGGGUUAUAUUUUAGUCAAUUGUGAAUGCUUGGCUGCAGCCAAUCAAAUGUAGGAUUGCAGUUUAGUUAGUGCUGAAAUGAUUGGCUGCAGCCAAUCAAAUCAAGGAUUACAAAACAUCAGUUCUGAUUGUUUGUCUGCAGCAAAUCAAACGUAGGGUUACAUUUGAGUCAAUUCUGAAUGCUUGGCUGCAGCCAAUCAAAUGUAGGAUUACAUUUUAGUUAGUUCUGAAAUGAUUGGCUGCAGCCAAUCAAAUCAAGGAUUACAAAACAUCAGUUCUGAUUGAUUGUCUGCAGCAAAUCAAACGUAGGGUUACAUUUGAGUCAAUUCUGAAUGCUUGGCUGCAGCCAAUCAAAUGUAGGAUUACAUUUUAGUUAGUUCUGAAAUGAUUGGCUGCAGCCAAUCAAACCAAGGAUUACAAAACAUAAUUCUGAAUGAUUGGCUGCAUCCAAUCAAUAUAGGGUUACGUUUGUAUACAAGGGAUUUGCAGCAGGUGCAUGUGGCAGCUAAGAGCCACAUGCUCCCUACUACACUGAUUGAUAAAUCGUAAACCUUGGUGACAUGUGAUAAUUAUUGUGUGGUAAUACUCAGUUAACCUGGUAUUGUUAUGUGUUGAUAUGUUAUUCCUGGUUUUUCUGUUUGAGACUGAUAUUAUGUUUAUUUUAUUCUGUUGUUUAUUUUUUAAGAUAUUAAAUUCUUUUUGUUACUGAAGGCCAGACAUUGUCUAACUUUUGUUAUAUGUGGUUGUGUCAGGUGAUCUGAGAAACCAGUACUAGUGUUUUAUAUGACGAUAUUAAAGAGCAAAGAAUAGAAACAUAUGUGCCAGUGAACUAUACCAGAGUGCUGAUUCCUUUUUUUUAAACUUAAAUCAUGUCAUUGGUCCCAUUUUAACUCGUGAUAAUAUGUAUAGAAAUCUAGAACAUUUAAAUGAGUGCUUCUGUGUGACACAGAUUCCCUGUUAUGAGCUUCUGUGUGACACAGAUUCCCUGUAUAACGUGUGUGUUGGCAGGCAUGAACAACAGACUUACGCAACAAUAAAUCGGAUGUAGCACUUUUUUCUCUCCGUUGGACAAGUGGAUCGCCUGUGUUUUCUAUUUUGGCCUGGUGUACGCAUUUGUGUCUCCUCCAUGUUACUGGAGCAUCCAUCCGGAUUAGCUGAGAGUGUGUGUGGAUUGUGCAUUAAUUUACAUUGGCUUUCUUAUAAAUCAAGGAUUGUGUGGUGAAACAUAGAAAGCUACCUAGUUUACAGUAUUUCUUAAAUUCAACCUCAUUCGACAUGAUUCAUCAGUGAGUCGGCCAUCUUUGAUAUUGUGCGGCUGUUGAUCGCUUAUAUUGACUUUCAUCACAACUACCACCAUUAAUCUUCUGUAUAAUGAACAUAUUUUGGAUUAAUUUUACGUAUCAUCCCAGGUUUCUGUAUUAUUACUGAACGUUGGAGUGCAUUCCUCUCGCAUAUUGUAAGCAGACCUCCCCCCAAUAGGGAGACACCUCAAAAUUCUGUACAGUCAUACACUAAUGAAUAACACUGAACGGAUGUUUACAGCAUGUAGAUUAAUUUCAUGGAUGAGUGAGGUAGUUGAACACAGAAAUUGUUUAUUUAAAGGUUGAGUGAUUUGACCCCAUUUUCCUUAGUUUUGUCUGUUCAGUGACAUGUAAGUAGUAAGUGGAAACAAGACAUAAGCUGAUCAGGAGGGUGUGAGGUCACACUAUUUAAAGGUUGUUGCACAUGGGAUGGAGGCUGGUCAGGUCCUUAUAGGAUGGAGGUUGGACCUCCACAUGGGAUGGAGGCUGGUCAGGUCCUUAUAGGAUGGAGGUUGGACCUCCAGAUGGGAUGGAGGCUGGUCAGGUCCUUAUAGGAUGGAGGUUGGACCUCCACAUGGAAUGCAGAUUGGUCAGGUCCACAAGGGAUGCAGGUUGGCCAGGUCCAAUAUCGGAUUGAGGUUAGUCAGGUCCACAUGGGAUGGAGGUUGGUCAGGUCCACAUGGGGUAGAGACUGGUCAGGUCCACAUGGGGUAGAGAUUAGUCAGGUCCACAGGGUAUAGAUUGGUAAGGUCCACAUAGAUAGGAUGGAGAUUUUUCUGGGUAUAUCUGAUGGAAUAUUAACUACAGUUUAUAGUGAAAUUUGGUGCCUGUAUUUUACAUUGAUAUCAAACUAAUAUUAACAAUUCAGAUAUCGGUUAACUUUCUUUACAGCCAAUCAGAUCUGUAUAUUACCUGGGCAGGUAUAAAUGAGGUAUAGAAUCUGUAUAUUACCUGGGCAGGUAUAAAUGAGGUAUAGAAUCUGUAUAUUACCUGGGCAGGUAUACAUGAGGUAUAGAAUCUGUAUAUUACCCGGGCAGGUAUACAUGAGGUAUAGAAUCUGUAUAUUACCUGGGCAGGUAUAAAUGAGGUAUAGAAUCUGUAUAUUACCUGGGCAGGUAUACAUGAGGUAUAGAAUCUGUAUAUUACCUGGGCAGGUAUAAAUGAGGUAUAGAAUCUGUAUAUUACCUGGGCAGGUAUAAAUGAGGUAUAGAAUCUGCAUAUUACCUGGGCAGGUAUACAUGAGGUAUAGAAUCUGUAUAUUACCUGGGCAGGUAUAAAUGAGGUAUAGAAUCUGUAUAUUACCUGGGCAGGUAUAAAUGAGGUAUAGAAUCUGUAUAUUACCUGGGCAGGUAUAAAUGUGAUAUAGAAUCUAUAUAUUACCUGGGCAGGUAUAAAUGUGAUAUAGAAUCUAUACAGGAUGUUACCUGGCUAAAUUUCCUUACGGGGACGCAUUUGUUUUGUUUUUACACUUAAUCUAUUUGAUAUUUGUUUAUUGACAAAUGAGUUAAAAAAUUGUAACUUUGCAAAUGCACGUUACCUUGCUAGUUUGAUAUCGAUAAACUUUGAUGACCUUGGCAUACUGGUGUGACCUCUAUAAACUUGUGAGACCUUGAUAAAGUAGUGUGACCUUGGUAAGCUUGCAUGACCUCAAUUCCGAUGUCACAGGGGACCAACUGUGUAACAUCUAGAGAUAGAAUGCCAAGUGAGCAAUACAGGCCUAUAGGGCCUCUUUUAUCUUGGCCAUCAGGAAUUUUGUAUUUUUUGAUGCAUGAUAUAAAAUGAUGGGUUAUCUGACAGUUCAGUAAACAUCGUUUUCCCAUUACUUAAACAUUCAUUUAUAUAUCAUUUAUUCAUUGUUCAUCCCAUUUAAUUUUUCACUUAUCAUACUUCAUCAUAUUAACUGACUCAUCUAAUGAUUGAUGUAGUCGACCUAGUUUUCAUUUUGCAAUUUUAAGAAUAUACAAAUUUUACAUGUGUGUGUAUAUAUAGGUAUUUUGUACAUAGACAAGUAAUAUAUGAAUUUUUUUGGGGGUAAAGAUGUGUGUGUAAAAGUGCGUUGCAAUAGUGCUCUGGGUAUAUUUGUGUGACAGUGUUUAUCUGGCAACUGGAAGGGUAAAUCUGAUGCCAUGUGAGAAGUGAUGAAUGCUUCAGUGAGGUGAGAAAAUUAUCAGGUGUGUAAGCAUUAAAAAGUUAGAUUAGGACAGCUAUUACUACAAAUAACGCUGUAAUGGAACAAAUCACUAAAGAUACAGGCUGUAUUGAGUACAAGUCACUAUAGAUACAGGCUGUAUUGAGAACAAGUUACUAAAGAUAGUCUGUAUUGAGUACACAUACCUAAAGAUACAGGCUGUAUUGAGUACAAGUCACUAUAGAUACAGACUGUAUUGAGUACAAGUCACUAUAGAUACAGACUGUACUGAGUACAGGUUACUAUAGAUACAUGCUGUGUUGAGUACAGGUCACUAUAGAUACAGGCUGUAUUGAGUACAGGUUACUAUAGAUACAGACUGUAUUGAGUACAGGUUACUAUAGAUACAGACUGUAUUGAGUACAAGUCGCUAUAUAUAAAGGCUGUAUUGAGUACAAGUCACUAUAGAUACAGACUGUAUUGAGUACAAGUCACUAUAGAUACAGACUGUACUGAGUACAGGUUACUAUAGAUACAUGCUGUGUUGAGUACAGGUCACUAUAGAUACAGGCUGUAUUGAGUACAGGUUACUAUAGAUACAGACUGUAUUGAGUACAGGUUACUAUAGAUACAGACUGUAUUGAGUACAAGUCGCUAUAUAUAAAGGCUGUAUUGUGUACAAGUCACUAUAGCUACAGGCUGUAGUGAGUACAGGUCACUAUAGAUACAGGCUGUACUGAGUACAGGUUACUAUUGAUACGGACUGUAUUGAGUACAAGUCAUUAUAGGUACAGGCUGUAUUGAGUACAAGUCACUAUAGAUACAGACUGUAUUGAGUACGAAUACCUAAAGAUACAGGCUGUAUUGAGUACAAGUCACUAUACAGACUGUAUUGAGUACAGGUCACUAUAGAUACAGGCUGUAUUGGGUACAAGUCACCAUAGAUACAGACUGUAUUGAGUACAGGUCACUAUAGAUACAGCCUGUAUUGAGUACAAGUCACUAUAGAUACAGGCUGUAUUGAGUACAGGUCACUAUAUAUACAGACUGUAUUGAGUACAAGUCACCAUAGAUACAGACUGUAUUGAGUACAGGUUUCUAUAGAUACAGGCUGUAUUGAGUACAAGUCACUAUAUAUACAGGCUGUAUUGAGUACAAGUCACUAUAGAUACAGUCUGUACUGAGUACAAGUCACUAUAGAUACAGGCUGUAUUGAGUACAAGUCACUAUAGAUACAGACUGUAUUGAGUACAAGCUAAGUUGAUUGAGAUAAAGCUUUCCAUUUUUUUUUUGCUUUUAAAAAUAAUUGUAAAUUUAUUAGGUGUGUGUUAUUUACUAUUGCCAAUUAUUACCAAGAGUGUAUGUGUUUGUGUAUAUACGAAGCCAUGGCCUCUUUGGCAGCAACGUGAUAUUAUCUUUGUGCUGUUGUGUUAGAUGAUGAUAAUCAUCAUUUUGAAGAAACAUUCUGCAGGUUAGAAUACAAAAUCUUGUAAAACAUUUUGUAUUGAUGUUUUCCUCUCUUUUGCUUAUGUAAGUUGUGCAAUUGUCAAAAUACCAGUUGUUCAUUAGGUGUUACAUUCUGUUAACAUCCAACUCUAGUCGACGAUUCAGUAUAGUAAACUACUUGCAUAUAUUAUCAAAACUGUUUGCUAUUAAGGGUCAUGUGUAGUGUGACAUCAAUACCAAAUUUAUUUUUAGUCCAUCAGGUAAGGUAUGAGUACUGGAUACCCGAUAUAAAAUCUACCUGUAGUCCAUUAGGUUAAUUAAUACAUUCUAUGGAUACCAGAAUUAAAAUCUACCUGUAGUCCAUCAGGUUAAGUAAUACAGUCUAUAGAUACCCAAUAUAAAAUCUACCUGUAGUCCAUCAGGUAACGUAUGGCUGUCUAUGGAUAUCCGAUGUAAAAUCUACCAGUAGUCAAUUAGGUUAAGUAAUACAGUCUAUGGAUACCAGCUGACAUAAAGAUUGAUUGUAGUUAAUCAGGUUAAGUAUAACAAAAUGUUUAUAAAAAUUCUGGUUUUGAUUGGUUUCAGGGACGUCUAAAUAUGAAAACUAGGGAGACUGACAAUUUACAGGUGAUACUUUACCUUGUUGAAAUGCUAUACAUCUUUACAUACCCUGUUAGGUUUCUUAUAGCUGUGUAGAGUGUUUCUGCUCAUCACAUAUGUCAUUUACCAUAUUUAUCCUCAAAUUAGCCCCUCCCCUAGUGUACAGUUUAGUAAUAAAGGUUGGGGAGGGUUUAUUUGUGAAGUAGUGUUAGCUUACUAUUUCAAAAUUCUGAGAGAAAAAAAAUAAUAAGAAGGGGGCUUAUUUGGGGGCAGGGGCUUAUUUGCGGAUAAAUACGGGUGAUGUAAAAUAUUUAGUCCAAUGUGACUACCAUAUAGAGAUUAGAGUAUUCUACAUUUUCAUUUGAAUGUUAUCUUAAUCAGAAAAGUCUUACUAUUUGAAUAGCUUUUUAACCAGGCCAUAUAAGCUCUAUUAUGUGUUUUAUUACGAUUUCUCUUGGUAAGAUUUACGCUGUGGCUAUGAUAUUUAAAUACACUAGAAAUUGUUGGAAUUUGGUUUACAAGCAUUCCACAAGUUUGGCUUUAACAAUAUAUGUUUCUGUAGCUUGCAUAGUGAAACAAACAUCCUUAGAAAUAAAUAGAGCAGUGUAGGGGUAAAAUUAAGGUGAUACUUACUGCUGCUGAUGUCUCUCCUACAUUGGUUCUGUCAGAAGAGUAACCCACAUACCUAUGUGAACAUUUCUCUGCGUUUAGUCUAAUAAACAAUGAACAAGUUGUAAAAUAAAUCUCAAGGUAUAUAUUUUACAUAUUAUGAUUGAACUGAAUAAUCGUUCAUUAGGUUGUAUGUCACAUACGAUUGAACCGUAUAGUCGUUCAUUAGAUUGUAUGUUACAUAUGAUUGAACCGAAUAAUCGUUCAUUAGGUUGUAUGUCACAUACGAUUGAACCGUAUAGUCGUUCAUUAGGUUGUAUGUCACAUACGAUUGAACCGUAUAGUCGUUCAUAAGGUUGUAUGUCACAUACGAUUAAACCGAAUAAUCGUUAAUUAGAUUAUAUGUCACAUACGAUUGAACUGAUUAAUUGUCAUAAGGUUGUAUGUCACAUACGAUUGAACUGAUUAAUUGUCAUUAGGUUGUACGAUUUAAGACCUUUCUGAGUUUAUCAUAUUGAUUGCUCCCUGAAUUUGUUUGACGUUCAGAGUUGAUAAGGCUCAUUGGGAGUGACGUGUUAGUGUAAAGAGAAGGAUGGUUAAUGUAAAAGAGGCUGUAUUAUUCCAAGCUCUCCUUGUAUUUGAUGCAGCAUGUUAAUCUAGUCAUGUGUAAACAGCUGGAAUUGCUGAUAUGUUCGUUUCUAAAGAUAAAAAUCCUAGUAUUUCUCACCAAUGUGUAACAUUUCCAUUCUAUCCAAUAGUCAAUCUUUUAGAAUUAAGAAGAUAUUUAAACUAGAAUAUUGAAAUGAUCUUUAAAAGGUCACUGAUUUUGUGCAAUAUAUAGACAGCAUAUUUUUGUGCCAUAUUGUGUUUGUUACAAUACAGACAUUAUAUACCUGGUUCAUACAGGCACGUGUUUGUCUGUUACAAGACAGACAUUAUAUACCUGGUUCAUACAGGCACAUGUUUGUCUGUUACAAGACAGACAUUAUAUACCUGGUUCAUACAGGCACGUGUUUGUCUGUUACAAGACAGACAUUAUAUACCUGGUUCAUACAGGCACGUGUUUGUCUGUUACAAGACGGACAUUAUAUACCUGGUUCAUACAGGCACAUGUUUGUCUGUUACAAGACAGACAUUAUAUACCUGGUUCAUACAGGCACAUGUUUGUCUGUUACAAGACAGACAUUAUAUACCUGGUUCAUACAGGCACAAUUUAAUGUCUCCAUUACUUAAGUUUGGUUUGGGAAAGAAUUUAACUUCAUGUGUCCAAAAAAAAUUACAGGUGCAAAUUGUGAAAAAAAAUUAUUUAUGACACUUUAUGAAAUUAUGGAUCUUUAAUGUUGGUGUCUGUGAUUAUUAUGAAUUACGUGGACAAAAACUUUGCAUUUAUAUUUCAGUAAUAGCAUCAAGAUAUGCAAAUUUGCUUUGUUUUUCCUGAAGUCAACAGUAAUAUGAACAGGUGGAUUCUGCUAAGAUUAGAACCGGAAACUUUCUUGGCCAAUUAAGAUAUUGUCAUAUCACUACAGAAACUUUUAUAGCCAUGCAAUACAUAGUGCUAUCCCUACCGAAACCUACAUAGAAAAUUACCCCUGAAGUUCUAACCUAAUACGAUUUUAAAAGUUAAGACCCUAUUGCUAAGGAUACCAUGCAAUAUAUUACUGUCAUGGCAACAACGCCUUCCUGUCACGGUUGAAUUGUCCCUGUAGUGCAGUGUUGUAAUGCAAAUACAUUGUAUAGCAUUUCAUCAUUAUGAUACAAUAAGGCCUGAGCAAAGGGAGGUAAUCCUGAUGUUGUUGGUUUGUUUAAUUGUUGUUGGCUAUUGGUUAGUAUUAUGUCAAGCUUGUUGAAUCUGCUUUGUUAUCUAGUCAGUUUGAGGUUUGAUCAGUAAAUCAAUAGUUUCUUCAGUUGUUUCCAAAGUGCUUCCUAUUUAUAUUAAUAGUUACUGUGCUGUACGUUUUUUCUUUCACACAUUGUGUUUACAAAGCUGCAAGAGUGAGAAUGAGGUUGUUUUCUCGGUAUUUUUGUCCCAGACAUGCGGUACAUUUUUGCAUCCAAGUCUGCAUUUAUGUAUUGUGUAACCUUCUUGGUGAGUUUGAUCUGUAGCAUAAUAUAACAUGACAAUCACGUCUGAAUUACCUUUUCAUUGCGACACCGGUCUGUGCAAUACUUACGUCACUAAAUCCUUCUGUGUAUGUAGGGCAUUCUCUUUCUGGCAGUACACAAUACUGCUAUCAGUUCAUAUCUGCUGAACAGUUCAGAUGUGUUAGUGACUGACUGAAUCAGAAUGUCUUACUUCAACUGUUGGGACUAUCAAGUGUCUACUAUACAUGUACAACAGUCUAGACUAACCAGUGUCUACUGUACAUGUACUUCUACAGUCUAGACUAACAAGUGUCUACUGUACAUGUACUUCAACUGUCUAGACUAACAAGUGUCUACUGUACAUGUACUUCAACUGUUGGGACUAUCAAGUGUCUACAGUACAUGUACAACAGUCUAGACUAACCAGUGUCUACUGUACAUGUACUUCUACAGUCUAGACUAACCAGUGUCUACUGUACAUGUACUUCUACAGUC